AUGUCAUUGAUCCGACCUACAGCUUCGUCUUCGACUUUUAGGGCAUUGGGUUUGGGAUUGGGUGGAAGGGGAUUACAUACUUCCCGAGCCCUUGCCAUUCGAGCUAGUACACCACGAAGGGACGCUACCGUUGCGGCUGAUGAGACUGGUGGAUUCAAGUAUAUUCCAGGAGGACCCAUCCUCAAGGGAACAGUCAACGACGCAACCCCUCAAAUCGAAGCAUCCCGAUCACACGGAUCAUACCACUGGGCAUUCGAGAGGGUCCUCUCAGCAGCUUUGGUACCUGUCACAGUCGGUGCAGCCGUAUCUACCGGAUCAGCUUAUCCCAUAUUAGAUGGUAUUCUCGCUGUCUCACUCAUCGUCCAUUCACAUAUAGGAUUCGAUUCAUGUCGAGUAGAUUAUCUUCACCCACGUAAAUUCCCAGUGAUCGGUCCUAUAGUCUCAUGGGUUUUGAAGAUCGCUACCGGUUUGAGUGUUUGGGGUGUAUACGAAUUUAACACGAAUGAUGUCGGUCUCACCGAACUGGUCCGAAGACUCUGGACAGCUUAG